UUCAACAAUGGGUGUUAUCACAGUGACGGACAUCAACUACGGUCAGAUCUUUGGUCCGUUUCCAUCCCAUCUGGCCAUGGCUGACCCGGUCAACCUAAUCGCUUCAUUGACCAAUGACAAGCGCCAAGAUGGAGUUAUACUGAAGGUGGACCCGUUAGAAAGAAAGGAAGGUAUAAAGGCGGUGGAGUGGCUGCCGUACAUCCAGCCGGCACGUGACGAGGAGGAGCAGAACAUGGAGGCCUACCUCAAAGAGGGACACGUGUACUUCCGGUCUCUGAGCAUUAUCCGCGCCGCGGAGGAACUACUCGUCUGGUUCAGUAAAGAUUUGUGUCAAUUGCUGGUCAUACCCGAACUGCCGCGGCAUAUUGACAAAGGUAACUACAUAAUGUGUAUAUUCUACGAAUAUAAAGAUUUCUGGCAACUGCUGGUCAUACCCGAACUUUCGAGACAUAUUGACAAAGAUGAGGACUACAUAUGCCAGAGAUGCGGAGAGGUGUUUGAGUUCCCCUUUCCAAUGCGGGCUCAUCUGAAAUUCAAAUGUGCGUACAACACUUCCGUCUUCAGCCCAGCGGCCGUCAGUUUAGUAACGAAACAUCCACUGGAUCAAAGAGAAUCCGCCAUUGUGGAAAACAAUAAUCAUAGUAAAACAGAUUUUCCACAUAUAUACCCAAAUAACCACAAAGAACUGCGAGGGGAAGACGUAGUGUCUGCCUUUAAAACUCUGUCUGAUCAAAAGAAAGAUAUAAAGUACGGCGAGCAAGGCAGAAAGCGCAAUGCCAACAGAGAUACGGAACAGUAUAAGGAUGAGAGGGAAGCCGGCUCGGAUAACCAGGAGUUGUUAGUGAAGGACAGUUCCUCAAAACACAUUCAGCUUCAUCCAGGCUUGCGGGAUCUAUCGCCAAGGUCAAGUGACUCGAGUGCUUUCAAAAAAGUGAAAAAAUCACAAUCUCCAAUGAAAGAACAGUUGACUCCAAUGUCAAGACCGGAUCCAGUGAUAUCGACCUUAAAACACUCCUUGCCAUCUCACAACGGUGUUUCUGAACCCACUAUGGUUGCCAAUUCCAUGGUUCCCAUUCAGCACGAAGAGGCGAUUCAUCAGCAUAUGUUUAAUCUCUAUAUGCCGAGACUUGCCCUAUUACCGCCAUCGAAUCUUUCUCGGAACGUCACACCAAGCAGCAACCUGUAUUCUGACCCCAGGUCGCAAGGCCUGGGUGACGUGAUGCACGGACCGGUGGGUCGGAUGCCGGGUCCCCUCACUGAGCGCUUCCUCAACACCAAACAUAAAGGCAGUGAGCACGAGUCGUUUCCAAAGCAGAUGGUUCUGUUCGACAGGAUGAACGUGAACGUGCCCUUCAUGAAGUACCACAACCCGAUGGUGGACUGCAUCGUGAACACCGGCACCAACCCCACCCUGAUGAACAACCCCAGGCACGCGAUGAACUUGUCCCAGAACUGGUGCGCCAAGUGCAACGCCUCGUUCCGAAUGACCAGCGAUCUCGUCUAUCACAUGAGAUCUCACCACACGCGAGAGUUCGACCCUGUGAAAAAGAAAAGAGACGACAAGCUUAAGUGUUCUGUGUGUAACGAGACAUUUCGAGAAAGACAUCAUUUGACGCGUCAUAUGACGUCACACUCGUAAUGACCAGGAAUACAACUUUAAUAGCGCCAUCUAGUCAAAUAUACUUCGCCGUUAAUUACAAAGCAGCAUUAUGUGUUGAAAACUAUUCAUGUGAUAUAAAGACAUUAAACUUGGGAUAUGCUAAUAUAUAAAUAUUAUCAUUUUAGAUAAUUGUAUGUACACAUAGUGAUUCAGUCGUUUAUGGGCAUCGCUGUCUUACGAUUGUUUUAAUUAGUAAUUGGUAUUCUGAUUACUAUGUAAUGUACUUCAGAAUUCCGGAGGUACUCAUUAAACGUUUUUUUUCUUCACAUUUCUGGACCUAAUUUAACUUUUAUUUUUAUUUUUUAUUUUUUUUAAUAAGUUUGGUUAAAAUUAGAAGCAGUCAUGCAAAAAAAAAAAUCAGUCUUCAAAUAAACUAACUAAUCUGCUUUUGCUAACUAAUCAAACGUGAUAUACAUGGAAAAUAUUAAAUACAUACUGAUAACUAGUAAUU